AAAGUUUCCUGCGGAGCCCUCGGGCGGCAGCAGCGAUGUCUGUGCUGCGCGGAGCGCUGUGUGGGCGCCGUCGGCCUUAGGGGGAGCGAGAGCGGCGCGGGGCCCGGCAGCGAGACCCCGGCCCGGCCUCGCCUCUCCUCCGGGCGGCCAAGAGGAAGCACGCCGGGCAGGGACGGAAAAGAGGCGCCGGCCGGAGCGCGGGGAGGGGGAGCGGCACUGCGGGGACAGCCGCCGCCGGCAGAGCCCCGGGGGAAAGAUGAGCUUGUUGUCAACCAUCGACACCAGCGCCGCGUCCGUCUACCAGCCCGCCCAGCUCCUCAACUGGGUCUAUCUCUCGCUGCAAGACACGCACCAGGCCAGCGCCUUCGAUGCCUUUAGACCCGAGCCCUCCUCGUCCCAGCACCCUGACCUCGGCUACACCAAGAGCACCCCGGAGCUGGGCUCCUCGCUCAGCUCUAGCUAUCUCAACAGCUUCUUCCAGCUCCAGCGGAGCGAGGCUCUGAGCAGCAGUCUGUACAAGAGUGCAUCACCUUAUGGCUCACUUAAUAACAUUGUGGAUGGGUUAAGCUCCCUCACUGAGCAUUUCUCUGACCUAUCCCUUUCUUCAGAAGCCAGAAAACCUAGCAAGAGGCCACCUCCUAACUACCUGUGCCACCUCUGCUUUAAUAAGGGACACUACAUCAAAGACUGCCCACAGGCUCGUCCAAAAGGAGAAGGCCUGACACCAUACCAGGGCAAGAAACGCUGCUUCGGGGAAUAUAAGUGCCCCAAAUGCAAGAGAAAAUGGAUGAGCGGAAACUCCUGGGCUAAUAUGGGACAAGAAUGUAUCAAGUGCCACAUUAAUGUUUAUCCUCACAAACAGAGACCCCUUGAAAAGCCGGAUGGCUUGGAUGUUUCAGAUCAAAGCAAAGAACACCCCCAGCACCUGUGUGAGAAGUGCAAAGUUUUGGGCUACUACUGCCGCCGUGUGCAAUAAACCUUCAAAGUGGCCUCUUCCCAUCCCCAUCAUCCUUGAAGUUCCUCUGGCAGCACGCGAUCAACAGCAACACAACAAAUCAAGAUAAAAGCUAAAAUAAUUGCCAAUAUUGCCUAUCUAAUAAUAUGCCUUACCAUUAAUAGAAUGUAACAUUUCUCCUGUGCGUGUCCACACAUGCAACAGGUAUUUAUGGGACUAUGAUUUGUAUACAUACAUAUAUAUAUGUCAAUGUAUAUGUAUAUGUACACACACAUAUAUAAAGCAUUACUGAUAGUGUUCACAACAGAGCCACGGCUGCAGGUUCUGCUGAUUGUUUACACAGAUCCUAUAUCAUGGCCAGGUGAAAUUAAGUACUAUUCAAUAGGCAAGGUCUAACAUUCACAAGGAACAUAUGUUAUAUAUAUGGCUUUUGCAGAGGUUAAAUAACUGUGGGGCCACUAAUUGCAAGCACUCGCCCACAACACGAACGUUAUUCCUAUUAUAUGACAAGACAAAGGAAGAUGAAACAAGCCACAGCAUAAAAGAAUGAAAAAUGUUUUCCCAGCAUUAGAAAGUCUGAGAGUUAUGUGCUGCUGAUUUCUUGGACCUUUUCUGUUUGUCACCAUCGCAUGGGCAGGGCUUAGGCAAAAUCAGUUUUGCAGAAUGUGGCAAAAAAAAGUGAACAAUUGUUUGAGGGUGUGGGUUGGGUAGAAAGGGAAUGCCAUAAUGGGACCCAGAGCAUCAGGAAGGAUUCCAAGAGGUUUUUGGAGGAGACAAAAUUGGCUUGCUUGUGCAACUAACAGAUCCUUCUCUUGUCAUAUAAUCCUACUGAAAUGAUCCCUGUAUGUGUAUGGGUUGCUCAUUAGGCCACAAGGACACUAAAUUUACUGUGAAUAAGGGGGGAUAAGAAUACUUCAAGCUGUUCCCAAAAUCCUUAAUUGAAAGAUUAGCCAAACUUAUACUAGUUUUAAAGCCACUUUGUGGAAAAACUUUUAUGUCCUGUUUUCUACUGUACAAAUUUGUUAUAAAACUUGUUAGCCAUAGGGGUGUUCUGAGGCAUGGAGAACACUCCUUAACUUUCCCUCUUUGUCUUCCUGAAGCACCUACAUACCCAAGGAGAGAUGUAGGAGUUAUAUUUCAUUGUCCCAUUUCAGGGAGAUCUUUGUGCAGGGGCAUCCUGCUGCAAAGAAGUAUCUCAUCAGGGAUUGGAAUAUCAUGAACUGAAAGUACCUCUAGACAGUAUCCUGUUUAUACGUCUACAUAAGAGUACAUUGGCAAAAGGACACAACAAGCAAUUCACUUGCAGCAUUCACUAAAAAACUUACAGGGAUGAUGUUUGUUUGGUUUGGUUUUUUUUAAAAUCAACAAUUUCUAUUUUUAUGAACUUUCCUUUAGAGAGAUCAAUUUAUGUGAAUGAUACUUAGUGGAAGUACUUUAAAUCCUCUAAAUAACUUGAUAGGAAUUAAAUAUAUUUUGAGGAUUAAUUCGACCACAUUAAGACAGAGGAGGGCUUAUGCCAAUUCAUAACAGGAUGUACAGUCAAGCUCUUUUGUAAAGCUAAUUGAGAACUUAGUGAACAUUUGUAUAGGAAAUGUGAAGCUCUUCACAGAUUUGCUCUAGGGUGAAGCUUCUGCCAUUUCCUUGCUUUGCUAUAAGCAGGGCAAAUUUGUUCCUGCUUGUUCAGGUGAUCAUGUACAUAUCUUGCAAACGUCAUUAUUUAUGGCCCAAAUGACCCAACCUACUGGCGGAAGCAAUGAGUAAACAUUGGGAUUCCCAGCUUCCAACCACAGCUCUUCCAUAAGCUCCCUGAUUUUGGGCAAGUCACAAGAUCCUUCUGGACCUCAGUUUCCCCAACUGCAAAAUGGGGAUAAUAAUAUUUAAGUAUACCUACCUCACAGGAGAGUUGUGAGGUUCACUUAGUAUCUGUAAGUGUUUUGACAUCACUGGAUGAAAAAUGCUAUGUAAUGCUAAACCAGUAUUAACUAAAUUAAUGACUUCAAAGCUAGUUUUGUCCAGCCAGCAACUCCAUCAACUAAAAUAGCUGAAAAUAUUAUCGUUGAAGUUAACACUAAUAACAGUAGAGUUGCCUCAGUGAGUAUAUGCAGCUUUAGCAUUAUUGCAUGGAAACACAUUCUUUUGCACAGACUCAGAAAUUACCUUAGAGACAAACUCUGUAUACAAAAAUACUAAUCUGCCCAUACAUAGAAGAAAAUACAUGGGCAAAUCUAGGGGUAGAUUUUCAAAGCUUGACCUCUAGUAUUAACAUCGAUAUUUUGUUUCAAGCACAAGUAAGUUUGGAAGAGCCACAUACUAAACCAGAUUUAUUUUUUACUCCUCAGUACUUAAUAGUACAUAACAAAACACCCUGAUGCUUCACAUCCAGCUAAAGGACAUGUAGAGAAACAACCUUAAAUGAAGAUAAGGGAAAAUGUUAUUUUCUCCCUGAAACCAAGAUGUUGCCAUCAUCCUUUUUUUCUGUGUUGAAAUAAUUCCCAUCUUGUGAUAACCACUAGAUCAGUAAAAUAACACAUCCCUUGAUGCAGCUACAUCAACAUACAGCACACAACCGGGUUCUGAACAAAGGCCAACUAAAAGUUACCAUUGCAUGCUAUAUUCAUGACAGUGCCCAGUUAAAACAACAUUUAUCUAUGUUCAACACUAUAUGGCAAUGCCUUUAGCUUAUGGAUUUUUAGGUUGUACUAAAAAUACAUGUGAACUACUUUAACACAGUAUCUAUAGGUGUCGAAUAAUAAUUCUUAAGAGCAUACUUGUAAGAGUUCAGUAUUUAUAUCACUGAUAUUUUCCUAGGCAGGAGACAUAAAAGUCUUUAAGUAGCAUUUAGCACAUUUGAAAUAAAGAGAAGAAUAGAUUUUCCCCUGCACUUAUGCUGGGGAAAAGCAGGUAAAGAACAGAACGUGUGGGAAAGCAAGAAGCAACACUGCUGUAGUUGGUUCUGCCUAAUUCAGACAGCAAAUCCAUCCCAGUGUGGGAUGUGGAUGUGAUACCCUGGGCACCCCAGGGCUGGAAGUUGCCUCCUUGCCUUGUCAUCCCUGCCAAAAGUGAGGUGUGGGGGGAGAGUGGCUGGAGAUCCCUGGGGGGCAGCAACAACCCUCCUUCCCAUGCAACCAUGUGGCUCAGCUCUGCCUUCCCCCCAGCUGUGUUUGGGCAUCCCCUUGUUUUUAGUCCUGGCUGCACAGGGCUGAAGCCUCAUCUCCCUAAGGGUCAGCAGCAGUGCCAAGCUCAUGAGAGGGGAGCAUUCUUCUGUCCCUCCCUGCAUGAGCUUUGUAGCAUUCAGCUCUGGGCAUUUACUCUGUGCUCAUCUACAUAUAGUUUGUGGGUUGCUGGAAAAAACCCACAUCCACAUGCAUAACAUACAGUAGCUUAUGACCACUGGUGUUUUGUUAAUGGCACAAAAGGGAAGUUUGAGUUUUUAUUUCAAAAAAGAAAAAAAAAGGUUAAAAAAUGUAGAUUAUUUAUUUUACUUUCUCUGCACCCCACCCUCUGCAAAGGUAAUUCAUGGGUUUAACUCUUUCCAAAUUAGAAAAACCUUUAAAAUUCACUUCUUUUUGACUGGAAAGAGGAGUUUUUACUGUUGAGAUUUUUUCUGAAUGCUUUCUGAUGUUCUGUUUAACCAGCUCUGCACAUGUCAGCUGGUAAUCCUUGAAGGCAUUUUUAGACAGUCAGACCAGAAGUAAAGUAAGCAUCACUAAAAGUGUUUGCAUUUUUAACCAAUAUAGGCCUUCUUAAAUUGAGUAUUGCUUAGGGGUGUACCCGAGAAAAAUACAUCAAACUAGAUUUUUAACCUCAGAUGUUGCCUACCAAUCCAUCCAGCACACAAUACUGCCUUUUUUUAUCUCAUUUCCCCUGUCUGUGGAGAUUUUGAAGCAUUCAUUUAUUUCUUUAUAGAAAAUAAGCACUAAACACAAUUUCUUUCCUCAGCUGGUCAGAACAUUUCACAAGGAACUUGUGUUUGGCACUGGCACUGCUCUGGAAAAAAGUAUCAGAGAUUUGAAAGGUGUGGUGUAGGUUUUUAGCUGCUUUAACUUGAUGUUGAACUCCAAUGAAGUUGUUACAAAUACUUCUUUUACUUGUGAUGAAGAAAAAUCCCUGUAGUUUUUAAAGGAUGACCCCAGUUUAGCCAGUUUCUACUGCUGCUACCACAGACAUAAAAUGAUGCCACACAAGCAAAGGUUGAGGCCUUUUUGCCUCAAUGUUGCUUUUUAAUUUCAGACAAAUACACAAGAGUAUAUAUUAUUUCUGGAAACAGGUGUAUUUUGAAGUUCCCCAUUAUAUGGGAAUUAGUUUGUAAACUAAAAAUGUGAAGUUUGCCUGAGAAGCCUUAUGCCAAGAAGUAUUCUCUUCAUUAUACCUUUCUGUGUAACAUGAAAUUUAGAUUAUACAUGGGUUGCAUACCUGUGAUGCUCUAGCAGUUACUCCAAAAACAAAACUACUUAAAACAUUAAAAAUUAAGAUCUUUUGGAGAUGUCAAAUUUCGUAAGUUAGCUCUCUUUGUCCUGCAGUCACGUAGAAUGUUUUUUUCCUAGUAUGGACCCAAAGAGUUGUCUGCUGAACAGUAUGCAAUAAAUCACCAACAUGUGCAUUUCAAGUUAAGUGAACUGACAUAUAUUUUCCACUUGCCUUUGCCAACAUAUGUUAAAAUGUGAUGGAACUAUCCCCAUACAAAAAUCGUUCUUUAAGAUAUCACUCCACUCCCAACUGGGCUUCAACCCAAAUCUCUUUCCUAUCUGCAAAACCACUGCUGUCCGUUCAGUUUGCUACACUGCUGAAGUGCUCAGAGGGCUGUGUGAGAUCUUAGAUAUAAGGAUGAUGGUUUGUGUUUCUAGGAUGAAUUUCAAAGGGACAAUCGUGUGCAGUUACUAGCUAUAGAUGAUUGAUAUAAAUGUUUACCCCUGUAUGAAGUAUUUUACAGUUUUACUUGCAGAUGUGUAUUUAUCUUGAGUUAUACUUGACAUAGAGUUUCUUUCAAUUUUUUUUUUAAUACUAUGUGUGUAUUUUGGAAACCUUUUUAGAUGUUAAAAUUUUUGAAUGGUUACAAAUAUUUCUUGUAAUACUGAAUUGUUAUCUGGAAACUCUUUGCAGUAACUUUUUUGUAUAUAUUUGAGGGCCUUUUUAAAAAAAGUAUUGUUUGUUUUUUGGGGGGAAGUUUUUACAAUUUGGAAGCUUUCAGAAGGGCCUUCCUCUCAGCUAGGAUACUAACAGAGGUAAGAGUUUUCUUAAGUAUUUUGCAGAACUAAGGAUGUAUCCUCAAGAAAAUAUUUAUGGAAGUAAUUUACCUUUUUUUUUUUACAAUGCUUUUGUCUGUAUAAAGUAUGCAACAGAACUACAUUAAGAAGGAAAUAUUGUCUACAUAAAAUAUUAUAUGAAAGUUGGUACAUAAUUCUGACAAAAACCUUGCAAUUCUUUAAGCCAUAUUGUUUUUGUUAUCCUUGGAUGAAAAUAUCAGUAUUAAGUAACCAAUGUAUUAUUCAAGUGCUUAGACUUAUAUGAAAAUGCUUAUACAGUUUAUUUAUGUGUAUUUGGGAAAGGAUUGCUAGAAAAAGCUAUCACUAGACAUAGAGCAAGUGAGGAGUAAAUAACAGUAUACUGUCACUUUAUGGCCUUGUGAGAGACUCAGAAGAUGCUGAAAGCACCGUAGAGACUCGGCUCUCAGAAACUCCGAAGCACAAGUGUUGGGUUUCAAAUGGUGGUUCUUUCCCAUAACCAGAGGGGAAGAGAGUUGGUUAGGACACUGUUUGACAACUUGACUUUCACAACUCUUUUCAGACUGUGAGCUCAGCUAUGCAGUAUCGGCUACAGCAAUAAUAUCAAUCAAAGGAUAUAAGAAAAGGAUUGAAGUAGAUGAUUGUAGGGAUUUAUGUUUAUUUUAAUUAGAACUCAUAGCAAUAUAGAAUAUGCAUGUGCACGUAUUUGAAGCAUUUUUACACUUUACAUUUCAUGUAGUUUGAUUAUAUUAUGAAGGAUUGGGUUUUUAGUUUGAUAUUUUACCAUGCUAAACUGGGAUGUCUGCCCAACCCUGUACUGGAUUCUUGUUUCCUUUAAAAGGUUAUUUAGUACAGCACUCACUGCGUUGUGUACUAGUGCUAAAACUAACACUGUAUCUUAUGAAUUUCUUCAGCUUUAAAAAAAUUAACCUAAUGAUUAUUACAUUUGUUUAGCUGUACCCACUGUCCUUGUCAGAUUCAGUUGGCAAUUUGUACAAUUUCUUUUCCUGUAAUUGUUAUUAAACUUGUACAGCUAAAACAAACAAACAAAACCUAUGGACAAAGGCCUCAGAGGUACCAGUCCUGCUUCAGCAAUCAAGAUGACAGCUUGCCUCAUCUAUUGACUGUGUUGCUAAAGAGACUGUAAAACCUCUGUUGUGGAUUGUCCAUAAAAUGGCAUUCCGACAUGUGCCUUAUUUGCUGGAUAGUAUACAGCUUUCCUCUAGUAUUCUAGCAUUUUAAUGCUGUAUUAAAGUACUGAAAAAAAAA